AUGCAGCAAGGUUCGCCUUGUCAAGUUGACCCUGAGCAGCAGCCCACGUUAGAGGACAGAAGAUAUGAUAUCAAUGUAUCCAGAUCCUCUGCGAAUACUUCGAAUGAAGUGUUUUGUGAUGGCACCGAGUUCAACCCAACCCUGCCAGAGUCAGUUCCCACCAACUGGGACGAGUUGCUGGCGACAUCAAGCGAUCUAGCGACGAAGAAUGAGGGAUCAGAGACUGGCGUGACGCCUGGACUGUUCAUGUCCACAUUCAAUUCCCUCGAUAACCCACGGGGUAUUGAGCAGGUUAUUUCCCACCCAGCACACUUCAAUCCUGCUUCGACCACCGAGUAUCCAUUUGAUUUUGGCUUCAAUAACCCGAUGAAUAGCUUUUCACAAACGAAUCCUUACCAGCCAGACACUGGAAAAUUUGUGGCAACUGAUAUGGGACUCGCCCAUACAGUAGGGCCUGUGAUGGCAGGGACAACGAUGAGGAUGCAAAACACCACGGUGUUCCAGUCGAAGAACACGGACUAUGAUUCGUUGACUUCUCCCUCUGAACUCUUCGAAAUCGAGCACAGUAGGACUAAUGCCCUGAGCCCAGUGGCUGAUUUAGAUGGCGAGAAGCGGAAACGCAAAAUACGUAGUGACAAGGGUAUAAAGCGUGGACCAAACCUCGCAAAAGGCAUGGCUGCUAAAGAUCGAGAUUGCCUCCAUGGAGACGAAAACAACGACAAAGAGGCAAACAAACGAAAACGCAAUCUCGAGGACGAUGAAGAGGGAGCCCAGGACGAGUGUGAAGUGCCCCAAAAGCACGCUCGCCAUGAUGAAGAUGACUUGGAAGAAUCAGUUCCAAAUGAGACUGACAUGCAAACGGUCACUUCGAGAAGACCCAAGUGGGGUCGCAAGAAGGGACAUCCCAAUAUCCGGUAUCGAUAUAACCUCCGUCUGAAGAAACAGGAGGAACAAGAAGACGAACAGACCACCAACGGCGGGAUUCUUUCUACAGCUUCAGUUUCAGAAGGCGUCUCGAAGCUUUUUCAAUUACUGCAAACCGCAGUCACCCCGAAAAAGAACUAUUCACGGAACAAGAACCGAUUCAAAGAGGCGGCAGCACCUCUGUCGGAUCAAGCAACAGCUGUUCAGGAGAAGAGUAACGAGGUCAUUUCUAACACCGAUGAAGUCUCAAAAACAACCAAGGCGAAGGUUUCAAGAGAGAAACAUAACCCUCGCCCGCCUAUUAGUGAAGACAUAGUCCGAUCAACCGCUCCCGAAGGGUGGGAUCCGUAUGACAACGCUUUCUACUCGGGUGAUGAUAAUAUUUCAGAUGACGGUCUGGAAGAUCGCGGAAAAGCAUCAGCUUAUAAGCCCCCACGAAUGGCCUGCCGUCGCUGCAACAAAUUGAAACAGCCCUGUGAUCACAAGUAUCCCUCUUGUUCCCUAUGUGCCAAAAACAACCUGCGCUGCCGGUACCGUGACGAUCUGACUGGUCGUCAGAUACGACCUGGGCAAUUGGAGGAAGUUGAAGCGGCAUAUUAUCAAUCCACACAACAAAUUCAACGUUUAGAUGAGACGGUGAAGAAUCAACAAGAGUUGUUGGAGGAGGCUUACCAGCGUAUCGAGGCAUGGCAGACAACAGCAAGAAACAUAAUGGAUCUCAGGAAUAUUCCAGCAGACGGCCUUUGGGUAGAGGGUCUGCAGAGCGGCGAACCUUUUAUAGAGCGAUAA